AUGGCGUUCUCAAAGUUUUAUCAUCUAGGGCUUGUUUUUUUUUGCCUUGUCAUUUAUCCAACUCUAAAUGAGGCCUUUCUUAAAAAGGGCUUCGGAGAAAAAGUUUCGGAAAGAAAUCCUCUUGUAUUUGACCCUUCUCUUGGGGACCGUAUUACUCACAAAGCAGAAUAUUCAAGCGGAGAAGGAAAAUGGGGAAGCCAAGCGGAAAUAAUUGUCUACGGACUACCACAAGUUCAGAAUGAUGAUAUCACCGCGGCAUUUAUUUCAGUCGCUAGCGGGUCGAGUCCAGAUGAAGACUUCAAUUUAUUAGUAGCCGGAUGGCACGUAUCUCCGAAGCUAUACGGCGAUACGGAUACUCACUUUUUCACUUAUUGGACAGCUGAUGAAAAUCGAAAGACAGGCUGCUUCAACUUGUUAUGCGAAGGUUUUGUGACGUAUAAUGCUUCUAGAUAUCCAGGAAUUAGGAUUUGGCCUCUUUCCAAAUACAACGGAAAACAAUACGCUGUUCCAGUUGCGAUACAUCAGGAUGAGAGGAGUGGAGACUGGUUACUGUAUGUUCAAGGGAUAAUACUCGGACACUGGCCGAAAACUUUGUUCACGAGUCUAUCCAACGGCGCCGAUGAAAUCAACUGGGGUGGAAAUGUCAACUUCGACAAGAACAAGAAAAGUCCUCCCAUGGGCCAGCGGCCACUCCCCGACGAAGGCUUCGGAAAGCGGCGGCAUUCGCGCGUUGUGCAGUUCGUGGACCAGCACGGACAGCCGUACGAUCCGAAUCCGGAUGAAGUCGGGCCUAUCGUUGACAGGGACGACUGCUACGCGGUGGGGGAUUUCUCUCGUUCGGAGACGACGGGGUUUACGUUUUAUUUUGGCGGCCCGGGUGGUUGCUCCGGCUGA